AUGGCCUCAUCUUGCGGAGAUAUACCUCGCCUGAAUAUCCACCUGUCCGCGAAGCAUCCUCUGGAACCAACCAGACGUGCCUCAGAUAUCAGUCUCCACGAUGCAAUUGAGCAGACAAAGACGUCCAAGCUCAUCUGGUAUAUCACUGCUGCGGCAGCGGUAGGAGGCUUCUUCUAUGGCUACGACACCGGGUUCAUGUCAACAACUCUUGUCAACAUCGGAGCGGAUCUUGGGCACUCGCUGAGCCCAUCUGAGACCCAGAUCAUCACGUCCAUGGCCUCGCUUGGUGCACUGGCCGGCGCAUUCGCAGCAGGCCUGACCGCCGACAAACUAGGCCGCAAGUUUCCCAUUUAUACAGGAAGCAUUGUAUUCGUUGUGGCUAGCGUAAUUGAAGCGACUGCAUUCUCCAUCCCGCAGAUGGCGGCCGGACGUUUCGUUAGCGGCUUCGGUUCGGGGGCUACCGUCAUGGUUAUUCCAAUGUAUCUGGGUGAACUCGCUCCUGCGAAACACCGAGGCCGCAUGAUCGCACUCUAUAAUGUCGCCACCACAGUCGGCCAGAUCGCCGCAUACGGCCUGGGUGGCGGUAUGAGUACAGUGCCCAAUGGCUGGCGCUGGGUUGCCGCGAUUGGCAGUGUCUCCGCGAUACUGCUGUGCUGCUUGCUGCCAAUCUGCCCUGAGACGCCCCACCAGCUGAUCUCGUGCGGUCGUCUGGGCGACGCGACUUUACUUAUUGGGCGGAUGUACCCUGAGGCAAGCAUCGAGCAGAUUCAAGCCCGCGCGGAGCAUAUCAGCGUUGUUGUUGAGGACGCCAAGAAGGCUUUGCAAGGCCGGUCCCUUUUCUGGCAGGCCAAGCAACUGGUCUGUGUAGGAUCUAAUCUGAGGCCAUUACUGACGACAUGUUCUAUAAUGGCUAGCUGUCAAAUUGGAGGAUUCUCCAGCCUCAUGGCGUAUUCCUCUGUGAUCUUCUCUCUGGUCGGAUUCAGCAACCCAGCCUUGAUUCCGAUCAUCCUGUCUGCGGCCAACUUUCUCUUCACGUUAUUCGGAGCUUCGGUGGUAGACAGAUGGGGCCGCCGGAAAAUCCUCAUUGUCACAUAUAUGGGCAUGAUUAUUGGUCUUAGUGCCGCCGCCGUAUCAUUCCAGUUCAUCCCAGUGUCCGCUGACCUGACACCUCAACUGAACACAGUGGACUGGGCAGGCUACAUGUGCCUCGCCAGCAUCGUGUUCUAUCUCUCCUUUUUUGCCCUAGGCCCAUCAACAAUCGGGUGGUGUGGGACAGAACUGAUGCCGCUCGAGGUCCGCGCCUUGGGAACCAUGGUCAACAUCGCGACUGGCUGGGUGUUCUCGUUCAUAUUGACUUCCAACUUCCUGUCAAUGAUGAGCAAGCUGACUCCGAGUGGUACUUUCUGCUUCUAUGCGGCAGCCUGUGGGCUCGGAUGGGUUUUCAUUGUGUUCUGCUACCCAGAGGUCACAGCCCUCCCGCUAGAGGAUGUGAGACAAGUCUUCCGCUCAGGGUUUGGGGUUGAGCGCGCGAACCAGCUGCAGAAGGAGAUGCGGGCACGUCACAAAGCCGAGAAGCUUGAGACACCGUCACUCGACUGA